CAUUUUGUUGGCAAACAUAACCAAAAUUGGUUUUAACCUUUAAUUUUACAGCAUUGAAUAUUUACACGAUAAACUGUCGAUAAUUUUACGGAUAAUUGUAUCGAAUUAACCCAACAACAUGUCGGAACGUAAAGUUUUAAACAAAUACUACCCGCCAGAUUUCGAUCCGUCGAAAAUCCCUCGUAUGAAAUUGGCCCGAAAUAGACAAUACACAGUACGUUUGAUGGCUCCUUUCAACAUGAGAUGCAAAACUUGCGGGGAAUACAUUUACAAAGGAAAGAAAUUCAAUGCCCGCAAAGAGGAUGUUGAAGGUGAUGAUUAUUUAGGUAUACGAAUUUACAGGUUUUACAUAAAGUGCACCAGAUGCCUCCAAGAAAUAAGUUUCAAGACAGACCCUAAGAACACGGAUUAUGAGAUCGAAGCAGGGGCUACUAGGAAUUUCAUGGCCCUGAAAUUGGCCGAAGAGCAAGCACAAAGGGAAGAAGACGAAGAGAAAGAAGAGGAAGCCACCAAUCCUAUGAAACUGUUAGAAAAACGAACGUUGCAAUCAAAACAGGAGUUAGAAUUAUUAGAAUCAUUAGAAGAGUUGAAAGACUUGAAUCGCAGACAGCAAACUAUCGAUUAUGAUCAGAUGUUAGAACAGUUUGAUACUGUAGCUGCUAAACAGAGAACACAGAAAGAGCAGGAGGAAUAUGACGAAGAAUAUAUCAAGUCAAUAUUUGGCAAAAAACAGGCACCUACAACUAUCGUUGAAGAAGAAAUUGUGGAACUGGACGAAGAUGAAAGAAUCGAACCGCUCAAGAAAAUAAUUAAAACAAGUGAUAAUAGUCAGGAAAGCGAUAGUGUUUCAAAAACAGAUAAAAAAGAAGUUAAAAAUAAUCGAUCUGCAAAAACACCUGAUACAUCAUUAUGGUCGGAAAAUAUAGGAUCGUCGUCGAAUAAAAAGAAUUUAUUGGGUAUAGUCAAAAGAAAAACAAAUUUAGGUGUAAAAGUGAACGCGACUUCUACUAAUAUUAGCAUAGAGGAGCAACAACCUCGAACUGUAAUAGAGAAAGAAAAAGAUGCUUCUACAGAAGAGAGAAGUAUUAAAAGUGCAAAUGAAAUCACAUCUGAAAGUACAAAUAAUUCAGCAGGCAAUAAUCGCAAUGCUCUGUCUUUGCUAGGAGCAUAUUCUGGCAGCAGUGAUAACGACAGUGAUUAACGCAAUGUUCAAUAUUGUAUAUACAAUUAAAUUUUAUAAAAUUUAUUAUAAAAUAAAAUGUACCUAUA